AGAGUGGUUUCUAUUUCUAUGAGAGACUAGUGUAAAUUCGAUACGAUAUAUUUUAUCGUAAAAAAUAACCACAUGGAAGAAAUUCUUCCAUUCGUCCGAGUCCAGGCGGUUAGGAUCCGUUUCUUUGGUGUCUCCGAGCCUUUUUAUACAAAUAAAUACAGACGUCCAGAUUAUUCGUUGCACCACGUUUAGCGCGUUGGUUAACGAUGUGUUACGUGCACGAGUGUAGGUUUCGAAUGUGAAAACAUACGUACGUACGUGAUGUACGUGUCCCGGUUCUGUGAAACCUAAAUAGGUGAGCGUUACGAGUGCUAAGGUUUCGGUCAAACGGUCGUACGUACGUACGUACGUUACAAGGGCAUCGUUAUACAUUCGUCCUCGCGGUCGGCUCGGUGUCGGCCGUUUAAAAUCGGGUAGUGUGAAAAUUCGCCUCGUCGUUAACUCGAUAUCGGACGUGGUAAUCUAAAACAAAGUGGUGCGGUUUAGUUUUCAAUUUGAAAUCAACCUCCUGCCGUAGUUAACAAAACGAUGCCAGUUAACGCUUCGAGCUUACAAUCGUCCACCGGUCACCCGCGAGGAUACCACUACUUCUUGUUCCGCAGACCGCGUUAGCGCGCCGUGAAAAAAAGGAUCGCCUCUCCGGGGUUCGUUGGGACGAAUAAGCGAGUCUCGCAAGCGGUCAAAUUUUUCAUAAAAAUGGAUAAAAAACUGAAAGGGCGGGACGAGGAUGCGGAUCCUCGUUACUGGCCGAAUUGCGACACUUCCGUCUGGUUGAGAUCCUGCGAAGAGGAAGUUUUGGAGCCGAUAACCGGGAAGAAUUUCGGAACGUUUCCCCAUUGGCUGAACGGAGUUUUGCUGAGAAACGGACCCGGGAGUCUCAAUGUCGGUGAUUACAAUUUCGAACACUUGUUCGACAGUUCGGCGCUGCUUCACAGAUUCGCCAUAAACGAUGGGAGGGUAACGUAUCAACGGCGUUUCGUUCAGACGGACGUUUACAAGAGGAAUCGAGCCGCUCAGAGAAUUGUUUUCACGGAAUUCGGUACCAAAGCCGUUCCGGAUCCCUGCCAGUGCAUUUUUAGCAGAGUCGCGUCAAUUUUUAACAUAGAGAAAUCGAUGGCCGACAAUUCCAUGAUAUCGAUUUACCCGUUCGGCGAUGAAUUUUACGCCUUCACCGAGGCCCCUUUCAUGCACAGGAUAGACCCGGAGACGUUGGAAACCAAAGACAAGAUAUUCAUAUCCCGACACGUGGCUCUCGUUAAUCACACUUCCCACCCUCACGUAAUGAACGACGGAAGUAUUUUCAAUUUAGGUUUGAAGGUAACAGCUAGAGGAUUGGCCUACGGCGUAGUCCGUUUUUCGACCGAUCGAGAGGCCGCCGGCGACUCGGAGGACCCCGAAAAACGAUCGAUAUUCGAUCGAGCUAAGCUCGUGGCUACCGUGAACGCGAGAUGGUCUUGCAAUCCGUCUUACAUGCACAGUUUCGGCGUAACGGACAAUUACUUUGUAAUAGUGGAACAGCCCCUUUCGAUUUCGAUUUUUACGCUGGUCGCGUGUCGGCUGAAAAACGAACCGAUGUCGUCGUGCCUGAAGUGGUACGACAAGGAAAAUACUCUGAUACACCUCGUUUCGCGAAAAACUGGCACCAAAGUGAAGACUUUCGUGGCUGAGGCAUUUUUUUAUCUCCACAUAAUAAACCAGUUCGAAACGAAGGAUGGAAAGAACGUUGUGCUGGAUAUUUGCUGCUACAGGGACGCGAAAAUGCUCGACUGUAUGUACGUGGAAGUGAUGAAGAACGCGCACAAAAAUCCAAACUACGCCGAAAUGUUCCGCGGAAGGCCGCUGAGGUUCAUCUUACCGGUGGAAAGUACGUCCGACGAAAUAUCCGAGGAAAUAAAUUUGGUAGGUGGCCAAUUAUUUCGUCGAUCUGAGAAGGUCGAAAAAAACGAAGGAGACGAAGAAGCAGAAUCUUUUCCGGUCGAAACGGAAAAUUUACUCAAGAAGGGGGCUGCGGCGUACCGACUUCCGGACGGUAAUAUUUUCGUGAAACCGGAACUGCUGUGCGAUCUAGGAUGCGAAACGCCUAGAAUAAAUUCCGAAUUUAAUCUCGGCAAGGAGUAUAGAUAUUUUUACGCAAUAUCGAGCGACGUCGAUCUCGAAAUUCCGGGAACGGUUUGUAAAAAAACGAAAAAAAAGAAAAAAAAAAAAUAUCACAGAUUUCCGUUGUCAGAAACUAACGACCGAUAUUUUUUCCUAUUUCUCACCACGCGAAGCUCAUCAAGGUGGACACGGUUACCAAGACCCGGAAAAUAUGGUGCGAAAAAAAUGUUUAUCCAAGCGAGCCGAUAUUCGUACCGAACCCGGAAGGAACGCGAGAAGACGACGGUGUGGUCAUAUCCGCUCUUGUUUGGGGUGAGAAUCGAGAGACCGAAGUUGGAUUUUUGGUCCUCGACGGAACGACCUUCGAAGAAAUCGCAAGGUCGACCUUCGAAACACCUGGACCCGUUCCAAAGUGUUUGCACGGAUGGUUCGACUUGAAGAAAUAAAAUAAAGCGGAGUCAACUCUGAGCGAUUCAUACGGUUUUAGUGAUUAAAUUUUUCAUUCCGUGUUAAAUUCACGUGAGUUCGGAUACACAAUGAAACGGUCAAUUGAAAUUGGCUAAAUAAUAUACAAUUAUUCGUAUGCACGA